AUGUCCUGCCCAGACUGUUUCACCGGCACAGUCCACGCUGGUACUCCCAGUGGCCACAUCACAAACCUCCACGGGCUUCAAACCUACGUUGCCGAGCCCGCAGGAGUCCCAGACGACGAAAUAAAAGGCAUUAUAAUCAUAAUACCCGAUGCGUUCGGAUGGGAGUUCGUCAAUAACCGCCUUCUGGCGGAUAAGUAUGCAGAGAGCGGGAAGUUUAGGGUUUACCUGCCGGAUUUCAUGAAGGGAACCGCCGUGCCAGCCUGGGGUCUUGAUACAGUCCGCGCGGUGAUGAAGACGGGAAGCUUAUGGGACUGGAUCUCGAAGCCCUACCAUGUCGCCUCCGCCCUCUACGUCUUCCCAUCCUUCCUCAUCGCAAACCGUCCCAGCAAAUCCUACCCAAUUGUCGAAUCAUUCUUCACUUCUGUGCGUCAGUCACCAGAAGGCCAGAAACAUCCCAUCGGCGCGGCAGGGUUCUGCUGGGGUGGAAAGCAUACGAUUCUUCUUGCGCACGGGGCCUCGAUAACAAUAACCCCUGUUGAUAACGGAAGCAAAAUCAAGCGGAACUUGAUCGAUGCUGGGUUCACAGGCCACCCAAGUCUGUUGUCCCUCCCUGGUGAUAUCGAGAAGAUCACGAUUCCAGUGAGUUUUGCACUGGGGGAUUUGGACUCAAACCUGAAGGGCGAGAAAAUUGAACUUAUCAAGAAUAUUAUGCAUGAGAAAGAGGUGGUUGGUGGAGAGGUGAGGGUUUAUGUAGGCGCGGGCCAUGGAUUCUGCGUUAGGGCUGAUACGGCGGUUGAGCAGAGUGAUAGGCAGGCUGCGGAAGCGGAGGAGCAGGCUGUUGAAUUUUUCAGGAAGAAGUUUGCGAAGAUGUAG